CAACGGCUGCCGAUGGAUUUGCCAACAGGACGGUCGCCAAGUGAGGAGUUGCUGGCAGCGGCACUUCAGUAGGUGGCAGCGUUCCAGCAGAGGAGAAUAGAAGUAACAGGCAACGCGUAGCUCAGAAUCUUCAGGUGGCAGGCCAAACCCUUUCUUGGUAGCACCAGCAGCGCUCCCGUGACGCUAAACAUGAUUAGGGGGAGGCAAGUUAUGGCUCCACAACCACCGGCGGAAUGGUGGCUUCGCACCUAAGCUCUAUUGCCCCUGGGAAGGGUGGUAUACCAUCCUACAAGCCCUCUCAGACGUGACUUACAAAAUCAGCGGAGGUGCCCAAAAGAAGCCAGUAGUGGUCCAUCUCGACGGCUUAUGGGCCUUCGCUGAUCCUGGCCAGUUCACUUGGGGCCAGGGGGAGCUUGCACCGGUAGACAAAGAAGCCAGUGAUACCGGCGGGUCGUUCGUCGCGUCGCAAGAUAACAGUGCAGUGAGCGAUGAGGAGAAGAGUUGCAGAUAGAAAUGCAGUGCCUCCUCUGCCCCAGUGAGGGUGACUUCGGUCCUCCGGUAGCCAAACCCUCAGCACGUGUGUCGUCAUCGCAGCUUCUCUGUAGCGCUGCGGCCUCCUCGCCUAUUUCGCGCCGUACGAUUGAUUGUCCGCAGCCAAUCAUUGUGUGUGUAUUUACCUAGUUGUGCUUUAUGGGAAAAGAGCUAUGCUCGUGCUGUCCCAUCUCCGUAUCUUUUAAUAUGCAACGUAGCCUUGAAUCGAUGUAUACUUUCUACAUUUACUGUCUCCUCAUGCAGACUGUUCCAUACAUCAGUACUUCUGUAUGGGAAACUAUACUUUUUUGACGUCUCUUCUACAAGCACUCCUCUUCAGCCUCUCCAUGUUCUCUAGUGUCCCGUGUAUCCCAGACCAUUAAGUCGCUAAGGUCCACCUCCUCUACUCCCUCAUAUGCUUUAUAUAUCGCAAUCAAGUCUCCCCUUUCUCUCCUCUUUUCCAACGUUGGUAUAUGUAUCCUUUCCAGUCUCUCUUCAUAUGACAAGUCCUUGAUACUUGGUACCAUCUUCGUAGCUGCUCUCUGAACUCUCUCCAACUUCCUUAUACCCUUUUCCUUGUAUGGCGACCACACUACAGCUGCAUAGUCUUAUCAGUGUGUGAUGCUCUGUCUUCCUGCGGCUGUGCUGAGAUUUUUGUAGUGGUGUCAGGCUUAUUGUGCCCACAUCUAUCUUUGUUUGACUGAUCUGCGAAUGUGUGAACGGCCGAGUAACUGCUCUCCAAGUGAGUGGACCAAAGAUUCUAUCUACAUUAUACGUUCCUUAGAGUAGACGGUGUGUGACUGUGUGUACCGCCUCUUGUGUAGGGAGUUUUGCCUUUGGUGAUCUGCGAGUCACGAGAUAACUGUGUCUUGUUCUCUAGUGAAGAAAUAUACGUCUGUGCUGUGCAUGUUAUUAGUUUUUGCAUGUCCGUACCUCGCAUUCCACUACUAUGCUGAACCGCUAUGAGUUGCUUCUACCUGCAUCCUGGCGCCUGGUGACGGGAGUGAGUGCUGACUACGCCGUGUGCGUUGCUGCCUGCCCAGACUGAGUGCAUCACUAACCUCUACCCCCAACAAGUCUGCCAAGAACUGCUCCACCAGCUGUCUAUUGCAAUACCCAGCAGUUAGUGCAACAAUGGCAAAGCGGAUUGCAGCAGUCUUGAUUGAUCUAAGUGGGACAAUUCACAUAGAGGAUGCAAUCAUACCAGGUGCAAUUGAAGCUCUCAAAAGGCUGCGAGCAACACAAGUAAAAAUAAAGUUUGUCACCAACACUACUAAAGAAUCCAAGCAUGUACUGCAUGAAAGGCUGAAGAGGAUUGGUUUCAGCAUUGACAGUGAAGAAAUUUUUACUUCUCUAACCGCUGCUCGCCAGCUGAUAGAUCAGAGGAACUUGCGUCCAUUAAUGCUCAUUGCUGAUGCAGCCAAAGAAGAUUUUUCUGGUGUUUGCUAUGAAAAUGAGAAUUCUGUGCUUGUUGGACUGGCUCCUGAGCAUUUCAAUUAUGAACGCUUGACAACUGCAUUUAGGUUGCUCCUUGAUGGUGCUCCGCUUAUUGCAAUUCACAAGGCUCGCUAUUAUAAGAGAGGUGAUGGUCUGGCACUGGGCCCUGGUGCCUUUGUGAGUGGUCUAGAAUAUUCUUCAGGCUGCAAGGCUGAAGUUGUGGGAAAACCAGAAGCAGCUUUUUUCCACUCUGCUCUUCAAGAUCUUGGGUGCACCCCAGCACAGGCUGUCAUGAUUGGAGAUGAUGUGCAGGAUGACGUGUGUGGAGCAAUGAAGGCUGGACUGGCUGGCAUCCUGGUGAAGACUGGCAAAUACCGACCAGGGGAUGAAAGUCAUGCUGAACUAUCACCAUCACAUGUAGCUGAAGACUUUCCACAGGCUGUUGACUUUAUUAUCAAUAACUUACUUCAAUCUUAGUGAACUCAUAUGCAUACUGUACAUAUAAUUUAUUCUUUUAUUUAUAUCUGUAGCAUUAAGAGAACACAUUCUGUCUGUCUCACAUUUUCACUAUGCAUAAUAAAACCAAAUUUGGGAUACAGCACCAUCAGUCAGUGUUAAAUGACUGACAGCAUUUAAUGAAAAAUAAUUUAAUUUCAAAGACUGGUCCUGUGAAAGGUUAUUAGGUAAUUAACAAAAACCUGCUGCACUUACCAAUGUCUGACUAUGACCCAAGGCUUUGUUGGACUGGCUCACUCAGUCACUCAGAAUAUGAACAGCUGUUGAGAAUAUUUGUGCUGCAAACCAUAUUCCUCUAAAUUUAAAAAGGCAGAAAAAGGUGUCACCACUAUCAUCACCACCACAACUACUUCCUACUACUGUAUUUCUAAAAGGCAGAGAAAGAUGUCACCACUAUCCUCACCACUACAGCCUACUUCCUACUACUAUAUACUUUCAUUAUUCUCACCAUCUUUACUACUAUUAUUAUCUACAGUUGCUGCUACUACUUCCACUACUGUUGUAUUUUAUGCAACAUUGUUGCUUACAGGUGCCUAGUAUAAUUAUUAAUGAACACCUGUGUCUGAAGAAUAUGAUGUAAAUUAUAUAAUUAUGUAAUCUUAUAAA